AUGUGCUCCUACACCUACCUCUUCUACUACUGCGGCCACGACUACUACAUCCUCUCGGACACGAUCGAGUUCUGCGCCAACCGCUACCUGUCGGGCUACUCGGUCGACGUGUGGACGAUCGACAUGUGCAAAGAUAAGAAGGUGACGUGUUUUGGCUUGAGUCGGUUUUUCUGUGGCGAGUGUAGUGAGGAUCAUACGUUGGAGUAUGAGUUGGAGGAGUGA